UGUAACAUCCGCAGCGCUACUCUCUCUCUCUAUUAAUCCGCUCUUCUUCUUCUUUUUCUAAAACUUCCAUUACUUCCAGCAGCAGCUGCAUUUCUAGUAUACUCGCAGUUGUUGUGUUGUAGCUACCAGGCGCUCUGUUUUCGGCUAGACAAAACUACAAACACCUGUCGACCAUGGCUGACGACGCUGUCGUUGCAGUCUACAGCAACACCGCCAUCGCCGACGCCAAGAAGAAUAACACCUUCUCCAUCAAGGUCGGCCUCGCGCAGAUGCUACGGGGCGGGGCGAUCCUGGCCGUUACUGAUGCCGAGCAGGCCAAGAUCGCCGAAGAAGCCGGUGCGUGUGCUGUUGUCGUCUCGGAACGUGCUGUUGCCGGCAUUGCACGUAUGGCAGAUCCGUUGCUCGUGAAGGAAAUCAAGCGGGCUGUCUCCGUCCCUGUAAUUGCCAAGGCCCGUGUUGGCCAUUUUGUUGAGGCGCAGAUCCUUGAAUCGAUCGGCAUCAACUACAUUGAUGAGAGCGAGGCGCUUGCUGUUGCUGAUGAAGAUCACCAUAUCAACAAGCACAAUUUCCGGGUCCCCUUUGUCUGCGGCUGCCAGAACCUUGGUGAGGCCCUGCGGAGGAUAAGAGAAGGGGCGGCUAUGAUCAGGACUGAGGGUGAUAUCUCUGGUGACGGGAACAUUGUGGCUGCUGUCAGGCAACUGAGGUCGGUGAUGGGGGAGAUUCGGGUUCUUAGUAACAUGGACGACGAUGAGGUGUUUACUUUCGCAAAGAGAAUUGAAGCCCCUUAUGAUCUUUUGGCACAGGCCAAGCAGCUGGGCAGGCUACCCGUGGUGCUAUUUGCAUCUGGUGGCAUUGCUACACCGGCUGAUGCUGCACUGAUGAUGCAACUGGGAUGCGACGGGGUGUUUGUGGGCCGUGAGAUUUUUGAUGGGGCCAAUCCCUACGGCCGAGUUCGCGCAAUUGUUAGGGCAGUGGCCCAUUACAAUGAUCCACACGUACUGGCAGAAACUAGCACUCGACUGAAUGAUGCAAUGGCAGGGCUCAAUCUUAGUGAGGACGGGGUCGAACAGUUUGUGGGCGGAGGGCUGGCAAGCAAGAAUUGCUGAACUGGAUGAUUCAAGGACCACUUCAGUGUGUGUGGGUCAUGACUUGCUAAGCUAGUGUCCGGAAGCAAUGGCUAAACCCAAAAGGCUCAGCUCUAUUUCAUGGGCUUGGAAUUAUGCAACAAUGGUAAACUGUCACUACCUUCACUAGGGUUAAAGCAUGGUUUCAUAGCAACUGUAGUGUAUUAAUUGUCAUUUGUCAUCAUCUAAUAGAUUCAAUAUUGGAAGCCAAUGUGUCAGUUUUCAGCAUAUCUACACAUGUAUGCACUUCCGGCUCCUUAGGUCCUGUUUGGUAGAUGCCUAAAAAUGAGUUCAUCUCAUUUUAGUUAACAAUAAUUAUGUAUCAGAGAUCUUCAUCUAUACAAUUAAUGUUAACAUGAACUCAUUUAUGUAUUAGAGAUCAAGAUCUCUAAUAUAUAAUUACUGCUAAGUAAAAUGAGAUAACUUAUUUUUAGGUGUCUACCAAACAGGGCCAGGUUGUUGGGGAUCCAAACUCGUUGAGGCUUAACAUGUCUGCAUUAGUGGCUGCUUAUGCUUUUCUUUCUAUAUCAUUCUUCUCAUAUAAGUUCUUCUAACUUUGUCAUCUUCAUUCUGCUAAAUUUUGAUAUCAUAAAGCUCUAUGCAUUAAGAAAGUUCAUUAGCUGUUUUCACUCUGUGAUUGAUGUCAUUUGUCAAAAAAACUUGUGGCUAAUUGACCCAAUUUCAAACAUUCCAUGACUCAUCGUUGUCCAAACACCACCUCCCUCCCCACACUAACAUGUCCGAACUGGUGUUUUAAAUAGCGUAGCAUUUGGCCCUCUAUAGUGUGUAGUGUAAGCUACACAAAACUCGGUACUUUUUAAUUAAAAUAAAAGAAAGACGUGAAAAUUUUACAAAAUGCAUAAUUCCUAUGAGUUGUUGACUGUGAAUCUAAAUCGUCAACCACAUAUUUCCAUGCAAAAUCUCUCCAUCUCUUUGGCUUCAAACAUCUCUAAGUGUGAACAUUAUUA